AUGGCGCUUGUUUGGUGGACUUGGUUUCUAAAUAAGGCGUGCAUCAUUAGAAACCCUGAGAAAGAUUUGAAUCCAAAUGGAAUAGUUUCAGAUCAAUGGAAUCUUUGUACAGUUCAACAAGUAGAAGAAUUCAAAGCAUUGAUCAAAGUAAUCCCAAUGUGGUCUACAGGAAUUAUGAUAGCAGUAACACUAAGUCAACAUGCAUUUCCAGUGUUACAAGCAAAUACAAUGGACAGACAUUUGAAUAGUCACUUUGAAAUUCCAGCAGCUUCUUAUGGUUUAUUUGGGAUUAUUACAUUGACAAUAUGGAUAGCCAUCUAUGACCGAAUCCUCGUCCCCUGGAUUUCAAAAUUCACCAAAAAACCUCGCGGAUUGACUUUCAAGCAACGUAUAGAGAUCGGGUUGUUGUUUUCUUGUGCAGCACAAGCGGUAGCAGCAUUAGUGGAAAGAGAAAGACGAGCACGAGCCCAUAAUGAAGGACUAGAGAGAAAUCCGUUGUCACAAGUGAAUAUGUCAGCAUUUUGGUUAGUGCCACAACAUUGUUUAACUGGUCUAGCUGAGGCAUUCAACGCGAUUGGACAAAUAGAAUUUUAUUAUUUACAAUUUCCUAAGAGCAUGGCUAGUAUUGGAGUGGCACUAUUUGCACUAGGAAUGGGAUUUGGGAAUGUUGUUGGAAGUCUAAUAGUUGAAAUUGUUGAUCAUGUUUCAAGUAGAGGAGGGAAAGUGAGUUGGGUAUCAAAUAAUUUGAAUUUAGGUCACUAUGAUUAUUACUAUUGGAUUCUUUGCUUGUUGAGUGUAGGGAAUUUGUUCUACUUUAUUGUUUGUGCUUGGGCUUAUGGAUCUGAUGAAGAUACAAGAAUUUGGGAGGAAGAUCAAGCUGAAAAGAAAGGAGAGAUUGUCAUGUUAUAG